CGUACCAGUACAUCAUUCGUUGCAUCUCCUUCAAUCAGCACACCUUCUUUUCACCAUAACGACCACGACCAACAUUAAACAUGUCUGACGAAGCAACCAAACCAACUGUCUCGGCCUCAACCGACACCGUAGAGACGACAGACGCCAGUGCUGCUGCCCCGAUCGCAUCCAACAAGGGCAAGGGCAAGGCCACCCAGGACACUUCUGCCGACGACGACGAGGAAGAAGAGGAGGACAAGGAGUUCGACCCGGACCGAAUGGACGAGAGUCAGGAAGUUGAAGGAGGGGCAGACAGCGAUGACGAGGAGGACGAUGAAGACUUUGAGGUAGAUGACGAGUCUGGGGAGGAAGACGACUCCAUCGAGGCAGAUGAGGUGGACCCUAGCAACAUUGAGUCGUACGGCAUCGGCAACCGCCCUCGACGCGCUCGCAAGGAGAUCGACUACUCGUCUGAGGAGGCUCUGAAGAAGGCAGGACUCGACGCUCCUUCCUCUGAGCAGUAGAGGCUCCCCGCGAGUCAUCGAUGAGGGUGCAAGGGUCAGAGCAGAGCAGCCGUACGAGUGCUGAAUCAAAAGAGAGGGCCAUACUGCCCGCCAAAGUGGAUCAGAGCGCGAUCUUCAGAACAGUGUUAGUCAGAGUCAGCUGCAAUCAACUGUAACACCUCGGAGCCGUGAUCAGCAUCCCCCACAUUCC